CAUGGGCGGUGCACUUCCUGGUUACUUUGGUGCUGCAUGUUGUGGUUGUUACUAUUGAUGUCUCAAGGAAUGGUACAUUUCCUCCUGCGGCGACACUGGAUCGGCCAGAUUCGUCUAGCGCUUACUCUUUUCGGACUCCCAUGCACCGUCUGCACCCCUGGAGUUAGGUCUGCAAUCUCCUGCUUAUCUUCUCACCCUUUCAGGACCAGUCAAACCACCAGACCCAUCAGUACCAGUUUCUGUAACCUUUACACGACUAGUGUCCAGACAAUGCCAUCUUCAUCAGCGCCUCAUGUCAAGUCUAGAUGCCUCGAGUACCCAGGGUCCAAAAUCCAGCGCUUCCUCGUGCCUGAUGACAAGGUGGACUGGAGUCAGAACUGGCCACAGUAUAAUCCAGUCAGCUACACCGACCCUUCAGUUUUAAAUAAGCCAGCGUGGGCGGAUCCUGAUAUUGGCUCUUUCUCUCCAAAGUUCAACACUGUGGAUGGUGCUGUGGAUAGGACAAGCUUUGACGGCAGCUACAAAAUAGAAGAUGGAAAGCCACUAAAUCCUCAUGGACGCACAGGGGUGACUGGUAGAGGUUUGCUGGGACGAUGGGGACCCAAUCACGCAGCAGAUCCCAUUGUCACCAGAUGGAAAGUAGAUGCCACAGGAGAAAAGAUAUAUCACUCAGUCUCCAAGCUGCCGAUCCUGCAGUUUGUGUCCAUCAAGAGGAAAGACUGCGGGGAGUGGGCCAUUCCCGGGGGGAUGGUAGAUCCAGGGGAGCAGGUCUCUCUCACGCUGCAGCGGGAGUUCUCCGAAGAAGCCUUGAACACGCUGGCCAUUCCGCCAUCGGAAAGAGCAAAAAUCAGUGAACGCAUCAAUAAGCUCUUCAAAUCGACAGGGUUUCAGGUCUAUAAAGGCUAUGUGGAUGAUCCUAGAAACACUGACAAUGCUUGGAUGGAGACGGUGGCUGUCAACUUUCAUGAUGACUCAGGCAACAGCGUGAGCGAGCUGCCGCUCCAAGCUGGCGAUGACGCAGGACAAGUCCAGUGGGUUGACGUUGACUCGUCCUUCCUUUUCUAUGCGAGUCAUUCCCAUUUCCUGGAGCUGGUUUCCAAAGAGAGAAAAGCUCACUGGUAACCAAGGGCGACCGACUCUACUUGGACAUGACGAUGAAGGAAACAUUAAGAGCCUUGUUGCUCUCUGUGUGCUAAGGAUGCAUGACACUAAUCUAAAUUUAAACUAAUUUAAACAUAGUUAUUGUAGUUUUAAUACUGAAAACCUAAUAUGCCCCCAUUAUAUAUAUGCCCAUUAUACAAUGUACAGCAACAUUGUGACUGCGCUUUUGGAUUAAUAUAGCAGAAUGUAUGAAUUGAAUGAAAAUAGCAGGUUGAAAGCUUUGCUAUGGCCUGCUCAGAGGAAAUGGCUCAGUGUAUGUUAGAGCUGCUGUUCAACUUUUGUCACAGAAAAGAAGAGGAAAAAAAAGAGGAAAUUUACAUUUUCAUUAAAAAAAAUAUUUCGACUCACCGCUCGGAAGAAGCUCAACAUGAGACUGUUAAAUGCAAGAUGCUGCUGACACACCACAUUAUUUCUAUUGGCACUAAUUAUGCAAAUGUAUUCAACAUUAACAAGGAUCACAUUAACCCAGCGUGAUCAUGUAAGAACAACACACAAUGAGCUGCUGAACAUAACAUAUGCUACAUUAAUUUAAGUGUGAUAAGGGGGGCAAUCAAAAUUAAAAAGUGUAGACUGACUUUGAUCUUUGGAUGUGAAAAGAAUAUAAAGAUGUGCUGGAGCUCCCCACACAGCCCAGCAGUGCACUGAAGCUGAGCACAGACGGGCCAAAGCUAUAGGGACAAACAUGUUUUCAAGCGGUAACUGUCAGUGGAAGCAAAAAGGCCCAGAGGCUGUGGCUCGGAGGUAGAGUGGUUGCCCCUCAACCGCGAGGUUGGCGGAUCAUUCCCAGGCUCCUCUGGCCACAUGUCAAAGUGUCCCUGAGCAAGACACUGAACCCCAAGCUGCUCCCCGGAUGCUGUAUGUAUAGCUGUCCACUGCUCCUAAUACUGGGAUAAAUGCAGUAAUAGAAUUUUGCUACUUGUAUGUGACGAUUAAGAAUAAAGUUUGAUCCUUGAUCCUUCACACUCAACAGCCUGCCUUUUCCGAAACGCUCUCAUCAGUAUGUGUCAUCUCACUGCUGGGAUGGAGAAUUACACAUGAAAUGGCGUGUAUCCGUUCAUGAUACAAACAGUAACACAUGGACACUUCUGUCAUCAAAAGGCAGCCAACCACAUCUUUGCAACAAACAUGUUUGUCUUUAAUUACAUUUAUUUAAAUGUGAUAUGAAUAUUCUGUGUGAAACUAGUGAGGACGCCAGCUAAGCACUUGUGGGAAAGGGAUGUGGCUUACACAAUAACUUUGUUAAAUUAGGUCCACGCAGGUCUAGGAGGUGCCACAAAUCCUACAGUAUAAGCCCUUUUUAUUUGUUCUCAUCUCUGCGCAAGCCGCAACGUUUGCCUGCAUGACAUGAUAUCCACUUGUAUUAAGGUACGAUACCAGUAGCUACGUGUGGGGAGAUUCUGCUGUUCAAAUCUCACUAAAAGCAUAACCAUAAAUAUGUUUACACCUAUGCAGAUGCACUUUCAGCUGCGUACACCCAGGCCACUUACCAGCUCCACGGAAGCAUUUACAGCCGAAGCACUAUUAGCAUUUGCUGUUGCAGGAAGGGAGAGUAUUUCCCAUCCAGAUUUCCCCAGUUGUUAUUCAAAUUGGCCAGUCAUAAAAUCCUCUUAACCUUUGCCUACAAAAGUUUGGAUUGAUUUUUUUUUUUCUGCCUGAAGUGAUUUUGGCAUUUGGUUAGUACAAGACAAAAAUGUAUAAAUGGUGGGGUGAGUGAUCAAAUGAUAUACAUUUUGAUUAGUUUCAUUAUUAUGACCGAUGUUAUACACAAGGCUUUGCUGAUUGGAUUGUAUAUGCUAUCAUGUAAAAAUGUAUCCCGGGGUGUCUACUUACUAAACUUGCACUGAAGAUGUCUGACAGCAAAAUGUCUGAUCUUGUCUUUUUUGUUAUUCAUUUGAAUCACUUGAAACUGUAAAUCAGUAGGAAUUCUCGAGUUGAUUUGUGCAUUUUUCCUCAUAAAGUAAAUGUGUAUCUUAAAAGUGAUAAUUAUAUGUACUGUAUUUGUAGCUGUCUUUAUGUCUCAGCAUGUGGUGGCAUCAGGAACACUAAUCAAAUGUGUAUGCAAAUCUUGAGAACUUAUGCACUAUGAAGUGCUACAACCCCAUAAAAUGCAUUAUUUGUUUUUUUUAUCUACAUCAUGUCUGAUGUGUUUUCUUUCCCAUUGUGAAUAGGCAAAUAAAAAGUAUGGAAAAAUAA